AGCACCUAAAUUUCCAUUAAUUUCAGGCUUCCAUUUAGUUUUGUUUGGUCCGUGCAUAGUGAUGUGCAUGUGAAAAAACAUGAUAAAAUUCUCCAGAAAGCUUCGGUUGUCUAUUUGAUCUCAACUCCCGAGUGCUCCUUUCCUCACAACCGAACAGGAUAAAGAAGCUGCUCCAGUUUUACAUUUCUAGAAGUUGUCAACAACAUGAGUCCAGAUGGAUACACUGUGGAAGUUACAGGACUUUCCCCCAAAGCUACGGAGAAGGAUAUAUAUGAUUUUUUCGCCUACUCUGGUGUGAUAGAACAUGUUGAAAUUGUCAGAUCUGGUGACUAUGCAUGUACUGCAUAUGUGACAUUCAAAGAUGCUUAUUCACAAGAAACUGCUGUAUUACUCAGUGGUGCUACUAUCAUGGACCAACGAGUAUGUAUAACACGAUGGGGACACUAUGAAGAUGAAUUUGAUUUUUGGAACAGGCCUUCGAGGAGCAAUGAAGAUGAGACUAAUUCAACUUCUUCUGAAAGAUCGGAGUUUCCUACUGCUGGUGAAGCGCUAACGAUGACUCAGGAAGUUGUCAAAUCAAUGUUGGCCAAAGGCUUUGUAUUGGGCAAAGAUGCAUUAAGCAAGGCCAAGGCCUUUGAUGAGUCGCAUCAAGUUUCAGCAACUGCGUCAGCUAAGGUUGCUGAGCUGACUGAGAGGACUGGCCUCGCAGAUAAGCUUUUUGCUGGGGUGGAAGCUGUUAAAUCAAUGGAUGAAAAGUAUCAUGUUUCUGAUUACACCAAAUCGGCUGUGUCAGCAACUGGACGAACGGCGGUAGCUGCGGCAAACAGUGUGGUAAACAGUAGCUACUUUUCCAAGGGAGCUCUUUGGAUGUCUGAUGCCUUAAAUCGAGCUGCAAAUGCUGCUGCUGAUUUGGGUAAUCGGGGUGUUAGACAGUAGGACAUUUGAGCACCAAGGAUAUGCGUUGAGUAAUUGAUCCUGCAUAUGUGAGUGUUAAGGAAUCGGGCGUCUGAUGCUUCUCAUAUGUAAACAGUUGCCCUAUGCUUAUUUAGUCCAUACCGUAAACUUCUUAGACUGAGACAGCUCCUUGUACAUGAUUAGAACUUAAAAGUGAGACCUAGUUAUGCAAUAAUCAUAAAAUAAUGUGUCAUUUAGCAAUCAUGGAUAA